AUUCGCCCUUCAAUGGAUCUAAUCUUGAAUUGAGGCAUAGCGAUCAUGCCACAGCCGCGAACAUACUCGCUAGACUAUGGUAUCGCAGCCUUAUAUCUCGCGGGUCUCAUUGCUUGCUGUUUUGCGAUCUAUAUCUCAGCCUUGCUGUUCUUUCCCUUGUUAACGAUCCUUAGCGCCAACUGGCUGCUCAUUAUUACAAUUGUAAGCGGACUUAUAGCAUACUUUCAGGUCGUCAAGAAUCCAUGGAAGAACUUACUCUAUGCGUACCUGGAGUUUCGGAAAAUUGACCUGCAAGUGAGAGGUUUCAGAGAUCGGAUCAUCUUUGAGGAGAUUGGAUAUCGCUUUGUUACUACUCAAAGGAAUCGUUGGCUUUGGGAAUUGUAUCGCAUCCUUCCGAAUUUCAAAGCUCGGCCAGAGUUGCCACCAACGGCGACAACAUAUGAGUACGAGCCAAUUUGUGGAUCUAGAAGUAUCAGAUUGCUCAAGAUUUUGAAGUGGACACCUACUUAUGGAGUUCGUGCUGAGCUGGAAGAGAUGUCUCUGGACAACACUGCCCAAUAUUACACGGCAAUAUCUUACUGCUGGGGAGAUCCCUUACAGAGGCUCAAAACACGCAUCAUUACCCUCAAAGGUCACGACUUCGCUGUGUCACAGAAUGUCUACGACAUCCUGGAACAUCACAGUUCCAUCCACUACCCUGUUUACAUAUGGAUCGACUCCAUAUGCAUCAACCAAGAAGACCUUCUAGAGCGAAAUCAGCAAGUAACUUUCAUGAGGGAAAUCUAUCAGCACGCCCGCAAUGUAAUCAUGUGGCUAGGUGCCACCCACGACGCUCACCUCGCCAUCUUCCUCUUGAACAAAGUCUAUAAUGAUAAAUGCUUGGGUAUGUCUAAAGAGACAAUGCACGACAAUUAUGGCGAAGUUAGGCACACUCGUCCCUGGCUUGCGCUUGGGAAAUUAUUUCGCAAUCCAUACUUUGAUCGAGUGUGGGUCAUUCAAGAGGUGGCUAGCGCUUCUUCGAUAAUAGUUCUCUAUGACGGGAAAUUCAUUUCGUGGACAAUGCUGCUUCAAAUGAUGAAGCUGUUCUCAGAUACGCAUUUGUUGCUUCUAUUCGGUGGAGCGCACGAAGGAAACUAUUUGGUACGAAAGAAGCCUCCUGCACAGGAGAUCGUACAUGGUCUCUCCAUGGCGCGCUUCCAGGAGAAGAUUCAAAGCGGAGAAGGGGCAACACUCAAAGACGUGGUGACAUGGACCACAGCUUUCGAAGCCACAGAGCCUAAAGAUCAGGUGUUUGCUUUGGUUGGCAUCACCGAAGAUCGUUCACAUCCACUGCUUGUGCCUGAUUACAGAAAGUCGACACUGGAUGUGUUCCGAGACAUGACUCUCUAUCUACUUCGUAGCAACGAUCCUUUCAUACUGGCUCACGCAGGUUGUGGUCACCCCAGCUCCGUCACAGACUUGCCAUCCUGGGUCCCAGACUUUACACAUCGAAUCCAACCGAUCACACACGGCACAGAUUUUAAAUCCUACGCUGCUUCCAGAAACACCAAAGCAAGUAUAAUAACUCAACCUACCAAUCCAAACAUUCUCAAAGUUUCUUGCUCUAUCAUCGACACUAUCGCUCAUCUCGGUACCCGAGACGAUCCCUACUAUGCAUACAAAGACCCCAAUUGCACAACGCACCUCUCCUCCUUUCGACCUACCUUCAACAAAGCCCACGAAGCCAAGGCCUUAGCAACCAAGCAUGCUCCGGACCCAUAUCACACCGGCCAACCACUCUCUGAAGCUCUUUGGCGAGCAGCAAUUGGCGACAAGACGCUCACUGAGCGACCUGCGCCCGCCGAAUACGCGACGUACUAUGAAGCCGUUGCCUCUCGAUUCUCAGACCCUGCCAAGUUAAAGUUGGAAUUGCAGGUUCUAGAGCAAGGCUUACAGAACCCAGACCCGGCCAUCAAUCUUGCUGAAAUAUUUAGCGAAGAUUAUAUGGAAAAAGGUAAGAUGGCGACUAAGUAUUGGGCAAUGGCAAGUUUGGUAAGUGUCGGCAAGACAUUUUGCGUGACGGGGAAGGGAUAUAUCGGAUGGGUGCCGAAUGGAAGUAAGAUUGGUGAUAGUGUGAGCUUGGUAUACGGGGCCCAGACGCCGUUUGUGAUGAGAAGGUAUGAAGGGAAUAAUGAAUCUACUGCUGGCAAUGACCAGGACUUUUUGCUGGUGGGCGCCUGUUAUUUGCACGGGAUGAUGGAUGGCGAAGGAUCGGAUCUAAGUGAAAAGAGGAAGGUAAAAUAUGUUGUCCUUCAUUGAGACGGAGAUCUCAGCUCAAAAUACCUCAGACAAAAUAGAAU